GCAGGACAUCUGUGGUGCGUCAUACUGAUUUGCUGGCAGCCAGUGCUGACUGUGUUUUCUAUUGAUUUUAGCUCUGACCCUCAUAUAAAACAAUUCAUUUAGUGCAUUGUCCUGACACUUUCUUGGUUAGAGUAUGGUCACUAAUUCAUCUGUUGUUCAGUAAGGUUGUGCUGCUUUUUGCAUUAAAGGCUGUAUGAUGUGUCGUGGCAUCAAUGUCAGCUGAAGGAAGCACUAUGCCGCAUUGUGACUAGUUUGCCCCAAAAGUGGCCUGUGGAGGAUUUGUAGUUUUUCCCAGUUAGGUUAAGACUCAUAGGCUGAAGCAGUGUGACUUGUGGUUCUCUGAAUAAGCACAUGGGCUGCGAUGCUGCGUCUUCCUCGUGUCAUUGUCCCUUGUGCCUGGUCACAGUUUCCCCACCCUGCCCACGUCCUCGGUAUGGAUGCUAAUAUUAUCUCGUGAAGGAAAUAUGGAAAUGAAACAGACUAUUUUUGCUGCCGUGUACCCCCUCUCCCAGAGAAACAGAGGAAAUAUUAAUGGUAGUGCGCUGAUGAUUACACUCCCUAAGGGGGAAGUAGGACAUUCUAGAAAAUCUGCCUGUUUGUGCCAACAACUGGCCUGUGCAUCUGUCAUCACUGUUGUGGUUUGUGCAUUUUCUGUGUGAUUUAGUUUGACAGCAGCCCGGGAGGGUCACAUGUAAUAACCAAAACAGCCAUAUUUGGUCAAGUGUCCAGUGUAGCUUUCCAUUUUUUCUCACAUUCUGGUGACAUAUGACUUGGUCAUGUGAUAGCCUCUUCCUGCUAGCUUUUUCUCAUGCAGUCGAAAGAAAUGCUGUUAACAGAAAGGGAUAAAUCAUGAGCUAUUUCCUUGUAACAGUUUUCUGGGAAGGCAUCUGGUAUUUGCUGUGAUUGUUUCACAAACACUUUUCUCAAGGUGGCGCAGCUGUCCAUGAUGGCCUAUGUAAGGAGUUUGAUGCAGUAAUAAAAUUGAAUUAGCGUUACAGGGCUCAUACACUGGCCACCAGCAAAGCUUAAUACUGAAGUGGGGGCUGGAGUGUGUGUCCCAUGCAUUUUACAGAUGUACAGACCCUGUGUGGUUCCUCUUCUCAGUCCCAAAAUAAUCCUAAAAGCACCCUGUCAGAAGAGGAAUUAUCCUGCCGCUCAUUUCCAACGAAUACUCAUAGAACAUGAAAAACAUUUCGUAAUCUUGUGUUUUACUUUUUGGAUCCUUAAAGAUGUAGUGGAAUGAGUUGAUCAGAAAUGCGAUUGGAGGCAAGCUGUGUGUGUGGGGGAGUGUGUGUGUGUGGGGGAGUGUGUGUGGACAGUAUUUAGGAUCAGAAGCUUCCUCAUCCCUCUCAGUACACACACUUCGUCAGACACCGCAAAGCGAUUCUGCCCAUUUUCUGUUCAGGAAUGUGCGUCGGCCGCUGCUCCAGGAUUGUGGGCUGGUCCCUGGUUCCCAUGUCAGUCUUGUCUAUGCUGAUCAACACCCUGCUGCUGUUCCCUGACCUAAAGGCACGGUUCCUGCUGGAGGGUCAUGUGACUCCUGAGGCGACCUGGAGUACAGGCAUCUGGGCAUCUGGGUUCCUGGUUCUUGUUGCGGCUAGAAGCUUCAUAUCCAACAGUCUACAGAGGAGUUGCUGUGGUUUCAGAAUAGAGAUGAUGUGGCAGAUUGGGACAUCCGCCAUAGCAGUGGUUGCAGCAGGAAUCUGCUUCCUGAUCAGCAGCGCAGGACUGGCAUGUGGUCCCCUCUGUCUUCACAAUAGCACUGAGGGGCUGACCUGGGAUCAGCCACUGAAGAAACUGAUACGCAGGGGCAGCCCUUACUUCCCCAUCCAGGCGUGGCAAACACUGACCUGCGAGGAGCCCAGCGGCGUGGUCCCAUGGAACGCAGUGCUCUUCUCAGUUCUCAUGGCAACCAGUGGCAUCCAGGUGCUGCUGUGCGCCACACAAACACUCAACGCUCUACUGGGCAUGCUCUGUGGACAAGGCUUUUGCAGGAACAAGGUUAGCCCAGCCUGAGGACAGAGUUGGGGGAAGGGAGCCAAGCUUCUGCAUCAGCAUGGAACAGCUAAGCAGCAGCACAUGCCAUGAACGGGGACUUUCUGAGGUGGAAAAGAGGAACAGGAAGUGCAGACUAGUUAGUGAAUAGAAAGAGCGCCAUCUAGUGACUGGUGAGAUAAGUGUCAUUCUGCGGUAUGUAUUUCUGGACUCCACUGGUUCCUUCUUCCCGGAGAUCUGCAGCUCACGUUCUUCAUCUUUGGACAUUUCCGUUAAGUUUUCUGAGGUCACUUUUCUCUUUAAAUUAUAUAUUUUCAAGAUUUUUGUAGUCCUUCUCCUGUGGUCAGCACAGAAGUUAUUAGGAAAUAAUUAUAUAUUUAUCCUUCUUAUUAUGAAAUAUUUAUUAUUCUUAUUGUGAUAUAUUAAACAUUAAGUGAUUUUGCUUCCCUUGUUUUUCAGCUGUUUAUCUGCAAUGAAUGCAAUGUUGCUGUAUUCACUUUGUAUUUCACUAUAUUACGUCUUGCUUCUCCAUCACUCUCUUACAUGAGAGAAAUGCAUUAUGCUGCUGAUGCUUCUCACUGGUGAUCUUGUGCGGCUGUGGAGCUAAACUAAGUAAUGACAGUGAUAGUAUGGAAGUCAUGGGAAAUGUGGCUGCGAUGCAGUUGGCCUGUGGAAAGUUGGCUGUUCCUGAAUGCAGCAGUCGGUGUUCGGAUGCUAACAGAAUGACUGAACAUGGCAGAGCAGCCUCGAGGUUCCCCUGAACCUAUGACCAGCGUAACAGAUUUGAAGAUGGGUGGAUGGAUCUCUUUCCACGACCCAAAUACUCUUUCGUUUCCUCUUCCCUUGUGCUAAUACCAGUUGCCACAGUAAAACGCACCUCCACUCCCGGUCCCAAAUAAGGCAGCUGCUACUUCCGCCCAUCUCCAGGUCAUGGAAUCUUCCGAUGGCUGAUCCAUCAUAGUCCAUGAUUCGCAAGAAAUGAUGACCACCUACUGCAAGAUAAAACCUUAUGGUUUUCCUUCCUUUGCCCCAGACCGCACAGCUCAGCAGAGGGAGGCAGGUUCAGCCAGACGCAUCAGCAAGGCUGCACUGCCCUCCCUGCAGGACGUUUACUAACGAGAGUGCAGAAACAGAGCUGUAAAAAGACACAUUACCCAUUCAGCCACACUGAGUCACAAAGAGAGUAAGGACAGUGUAGGACAAUAUACACUGUUCAAAAUAGUACAGAUAGUUCAAAAUAGUCUCGCAACACUCACGAGAGAUGCAACCCGCCAAACAACUACCUCUUCAGCAGGCUGAGGUCUGAAAAGCACUUCUGCUGUCUCUCACUGAGAACUGAGAGGCUCGGAAGGAGCUUCUAGCAUCCAGCCAUCAGAUUAUUCAAUACGCCUGCAACACUGAUGAUUUAGCACUCGCUCUCUGCAUAUGCACGAUGCACUUUAUUUCAGCCAUCCUCCUUAUCUCUGAUCUUUUUUUCUUUUAUUUUUCUGCAUAACGUUUGGUUCCUUAUUCAUAUUUAUUGUCAUCAUUAUUGUUUCACUGUUUUAUUUCUAUUACUUGUUUUUAUUAUGGAAGAGCUGAUGGCUUUCCAUCUCACUGCAGCACAUAGUCUCACUGUAUACCUUGAAUAUGACAAAUAAAAAAAUCCUUGAAUACAAAACUUUAGAUGGAGCAUCAUGACCCCCCCUCCCCCAUUAUCCUUAUUUUGAGGGGGGGGGUGUCCAGUGCAUGCAGAAUCAGCAUUUUUGAUCCCCAGACCCAUUUCAAGAGCAUCUUAAGGACAACACCCCAGACCCGCUUAAUUAACCUCGGACAUCUGGUUGCCAUGACGACAGGCCCCCUCCCCAGUAGCUUGAUGUCAUUUCUAUGCACUGGGAACAUGCUGGCUUAAACAUUGCAUCAAAUACACGAUGACCAAUGCCACACAAAAGUCGCUAAAUAAAUGUCUGCGUGGGUAAUUUCCUUGAACCGUUAUCUUUGGAAUCUAGAUAAACUGUGAUGUUAAACAUGUGAAACGACAACAGAAGAUCAAUAACCAGCACCCAGCAUCCGGUAUUUCUGACUUGGAAGACAGAUAUAAGCUGGGUCCUGCAACAGCUUGCACUGAAUAAGCAGGUGGUGUUUUCUU